AUGGCACAAGCCAAUCUUCAAGAAGGACGUGAAGCGUCGCAGCCAAACUCUUCAAAGUACAUCCAAAGUCUACGCGCCAAACACAAAAGCUUAUGUCGCAAGCUGGCAAACAUGAACACCGAACAGAAAGACGAGAGCAUAUCUCAAGUCCAACGAGGUAUGCUGGAAGAGCUGAAAGCGGUGCAGAGCCACGUCAUGGAUUUAAUCCUUGAAGAAUUGCCGGAUGACGUAGACGAAGACCUGGCAAAAGACAAAGCAUUCCACUCACUAUAUGCUUCUAAGGCAGCGAAGCUGAUUGUAAUCGACAAAAAGCCAUCGUCAACUACAACACCUCCUGAAGUUGCAUCAUCAUCGGUCUCCAUCCAGCAUCAUCUCAACAUCCCAAUGCCGACUUUUGAUGGUCUAUACGAACACUGGUCAACGUUCAAGGCCAUGUUCUUAGACAUCAUGAAGCGGACUAAUGACUCGGAUGCAGUAAAACUUCAUCAUCUCAACAAAGCGCUGCAAGGGAAAGCAGCUGGCAUCCUGAACACGUCCAUUCUGAAUGGCAACAACUUCCAGGCGGCAUGGGACGUCUUGGAGAGGCGUUUUGAGAAUCCUCGGCUGAUUGUCGACAAGCACAUCGCAGGAUUGCUUCAGCUGAAACAUGCACCCCAAGAAUCUGCAAAGGACCUGCGGAAGCUAGCGGAAACGUGCAAGAGUCAUGUGGAUGGCUUAGUAUUUAUGAAGCAGACUAUCGACAGUACCAGCAACCUCAUCAUCACGCAUCUGCUCAGCUCAUGUAUGGACGCUGACACAAGGAAGGCAUGGGAGAGUUCGUUGGAACAUGGAGAGUUUCCGGAUCUCUUCAAAACUCUCGAUUUCAUCAAUCGGCAAUGUGAGGUGCUAGAAAGCUGCACGCCAGAGACGUCACGGAAAUCAACAAGCACCAAAGCCUUCACCUCCACCACAGCAGCCAAUCCAUCGUGUGUACUGUGCCAGCAGCAUCAUACUCUUCAGAACUGUCCAACCUUCAUCGCGAUGUCCGUAGUGCAGAGGAAGAGCAAAGUACAGUCAUUGAAACGUUGUUUCAAUUGCCUCAGCGCUGGACACCCGGUUUCGCAGUGCCAAUCGAAAUGGACGUGCCGUAUCUGCAGGAAACGUCAUCAUCAUCUACUUCAUGGGGAUCAGCUUCCAGCAGCACCAUCUCUUCAGCCUCCAGACGCCGCUACAACAUCUCAUCAGCUUCCAGUCGAUGCAGCUCAACCAACAUUCAUCGGGGCAUCGAUGACUUCAUUGACGACAGCAGUGCCAUCCACAGUGCUAUUGUCAACAGUAGUGCUCAACAUCACCGAUCAUGCCGGAGUUAGCCAUCCAGCAAGAGCCGUCUUGGAUAGCGGAGCUCAAUCCAACUUCAUCACCGGCAGGAUGGCACAGUUCCUGGAAUUGCCACGGAAGCUGAUCAAUCUUCCGCUAUCAGGCAUUGGUGGCAGUACAAGAUCGAAUGUGCGACAUUCCAUCGAAACCACCAUCCAUUCUCGAUGCUCGAGCUAUGCUGCUUCAUUGGAGUUGCUUGUGUUACCGAAGCUGUCAGCAGACUUACCAACUCAACAGAUCGACAUUAGCCACUGGAAGAUACCGGAAACCUGCAUCUUGGCUGAUCCAUCCUUCAAUCGGCCAGGAACCAUUGACAUCAUCUUGGGAGCAACACACUUCUACGAGAUCCUGAGGAUCGGACGACUCUCCCUGGGUGACAGCAUGCCAACCCUUCAGGAAACUGAAUUUAGUUGGGUAGUCAGUGGUACCAUCACCGAACCCAUGUCACCGGUAAUGUGUGCGGUGGCAACACACACGAACGAGUUGGGCAACCUAAUGGAGCAGUGUUUCACCACCGAAGGCCUGAGCAACACACCGAGCUGGAGCAGCGAGGAACGAGCCUGUGAGGACCAUGACACGGCAACCACCACACGAGAAGAGGAUGGCAGGUACAUGGUCCAACUUCCACGCAAGCCAGAGAUGAUUGGCAAGCCUGGCAAUUCAACGACUAUCGCACUUCGACGGUUCCUAGCACUAGAACGUCGACUUCAACGGGAACCCGAAACCCAACGUGCCUAUGUGGACUUCAUGGAUGAGUACCUUCGUUUCAGUCAUACGAGCAAGGUGGCAGCUUCUUCAAAGAACGAUGAAUCGUUUUAUCUACCACAUCAUCCGGCCUUCAAGACCGACAGCACCACGACGAAGUGUCGAGUGGUGUUUGACGCAUCGAGUAAAUCCUCAACGGGUGUGUCGUUGAACGACACACUAAUGGUCGGGCCGACCAUUCAACAAGAUGCUACUUCUAUUUUGCUGUGGUUCUGGACUCAACCAAUCGCGCUUACCGCUGACGUCACAAAAAUGUACCGGCAGGUUUGGAUUCAUCCAAAGGACCGGUCACUGCAACGCAUCAUUUGGCGGAGUUCACCCAACGAUCCCAUUCAGGAGUACGAGCUCAACACGGUAACAUAUGGGACAGCAUCCGCUCCAUUCCUGGCAGUCCGCUCGUUGCAACAAAUCGUAGCGGACCAUGGAGGAGAGUUUCCAGCCGCCGCAGAACGUUCCUGUGACUUCUAUGUAGAUGACUUCGUUUCCGGCGGGCAAUCAUCUAAAGCGGCGCAGUUGCUGCAGCUGCAAACUGAGCAACUUUACGCAAGUGCAGGAUUCGAGCUGCGGAAGUGGGCGUCCAGCGACCCAUCAGUACUCCAGAACGUGAACCAGGAGAAGUUAGCAUCCAGCCCUUAUGCUACCAGUGGAUCGAAGGGACUUCUCGCCACCCUCGGGUUGAUUUGGGACCCAGCAUCUGACACGUUGCAGUUCAAAAUCAACACCCCAUACGUGAUUGGGGCAAUCACCAAGAGAAAGGUGCUAUCGUGCAUCGCCAGGAUCUAUGAUCCUUUGGGCAUCGUCGAUCCCGUAAAAGCCAUGGCCAAGCAGUUCCUCCAACGCAUCUGGACCCUGCAAACGGAACAGCAACAGCCCUGGGGAUGGGAUGACGAGUUGCCACAUCAUCUACAAGGAGAAUGGAUCAACUUCCACAACCAGUUGAUACAUUUACAAAAUCUACACAUUCCUCGUGUAGCCAUCAGGCCAGAUUCGACAUCAAGCCAGUUCCAUUUUUUCUGCAAUGCAUCGGAAAAAGGAUAUGGCGCAUGCUGCUACAUCAGAAGCCGAGAUGACAACGGGAACAUCAUGAUGCAACUGUACGCGUCGAAAACUAAAGUGCCACCGAUAAAUAGCAAACACUCCAUUGCUCGACUGGAAUUGUGCGCUGCACAAUUGAGCAGCUUGCUAUAUGAUCGGGUCAGAUUAGCGGUCAAGCUCUCGUCUCCUGCAACCUUCUGGACGGAUUCAAUGACCAUAGUUCAUUGGUUACGAGCAUCGCCAAAUUGCUGGAAACCAUUCGUCGCCAAUCGCGUCUCGCAAGUGCAACACCUGACCCAAGGAAAUGUUUGGCGGCACAUCCCCGGAGUCGACAAUCCAGCGGACUUAGCAUCGCGUGGUUGCUUGAGUAAGGAUCUUCUAGACAACCCACUAUGGUGGCAGGGUCCUUCCUGGAUUCAUCUACCCGAGGACCAGUGGCCAGAAUCACCAGUACCAUCAUCAUGUGAAGCAGCAGUAGCAGAGCAGCGAGUCACCACAGUAGCUUGUCCAGCUACAGAAAAACCACCACAUCGCAUCUUUACGCUAUACUCGUCAUUCUCCAAGCUUCGAACGACUGUGGCAUAUUGGGUGCAAUACUUCAACAAGCGCUUCAAGCGUCGACAGUACGUGGGUAUUGGACUUACAACCCAAGAUCUACGGGAGGCUGAGGAAGUAUUGCGUCGGCUGGCACAACAGGACCUACUUGAGCAGGAAAUAAAGGCUCUUCAACAUAACAAGCCGAUACCUUCAUCAUCGAAGCUGAAAUGGCUGCAUCCGCAGCUAGGAGCAAACGGCAUCAUUCGCGUUGGAGGACGUCUGUCCAAUGCACCUCUACUAGAAGACAUCAAGCAUCCAAUCUUGGUUCCCAACAACCAUCCAUUGGCUGAGUUACUAAUGGACCACUUUCACAAAACUCGACUCCAUGCGGGGCCACAACUGAUGCUGAGCAGCAGUCGCCAACGAUACUGGAUCAACUCGAUCUACGGGACCGUUUGCUGGGAAAAAGGGAAGGCUGCUGUAAACCUCAACCGCAGCAAUGAAGGCGGUGGUGGUGGUGGUGGAGGUAUCGAUACUGUGCGUGAUAAUGAAUGA